AUGCCUGCAUAUAAGUUGAUCUACUUCAAAAGCAGAGGACGAGGUGAGAUGAUUCGCUUGGCGUUUGCAGCGGCCGGGGUUAAAUACGAGGACUGUAGACUGACUAGAGAAGAGUUCGAGGAAUUAAAAGCCAGUAAGUUCAAAUACAUAAUUAGGGGGUGUUUUAAAACCCUUCAACUAUAUUUUAAAUGUUAUUUUAUUCACAUAAUUAUGCAGUCAGUAGCGUUACCGCUAGCCUGCAUGGCAGGCGGUUCCUAAAAUUGGGCAAGCCUGGGAAAUACCGCCUGCUGGGUUUGGCAAUGUAAUCGAAUUCCCCGUCCACCAGUGGACGGGAAUUGAUGAUUGGCUGCGAGUCUGAGCCGCUGUCACUCAAAAGUGAAUACACUUUAGUAUGUAAACAUACGUUUAACACCUUAAUGAUGCAAGCGUUCGCUUUAAUUACAGUGAAAAUACAAAAAGUGUCACACUUCCGCUUCUGUAGUUUGUUGUGAUUUACUGUAAUUUGUUCUGUUUUUCUGUAGCGAUUACCGAUUUAUUGGCAAAUACUGCGAUAAAAUUUAAAUUUCGUUCCUUUUAUAUGCAAUGAAACUCACGAAAAAUGUAUUAUUUCCCUUUGCUACAAAUUAUCAUAUUUAAAAAUAGAAAAAAUUUAAAUUUUAUUGCGGUAUUUCCAGAUAAAUAGGUAAUCGCUACAGAAAAACAGAACAAAUUACAGUAAAUCACAACAAACUACAGAAGCGGAAGUGGGACACUUUUUGUAUUUUCACUGUAAUAGCAGUUGUAAAACCAUAGAACGCUUCUCGAAAGUCGAAACGCGAACUGAUUGUCAAACGCGAGCAAGAGAUAGCAGUUAAAGAUUUACUCCUUGGAAAGAAUGUUUUGGCCGUUCUAUGGGAAAACCUUGAUUUUUACAUUGUUCUUGUUGGCGCGAGAAAAAAAAACGAGAAUAGAUACAGACGGCCGUAUAGUCUUUCUUGCAACGGGUUUUAUAACAGGACUAUUACGCCUAGGCCUAUUAGCCGCUUCACUUUCUGAACUUUUCAAGGCUUUCGUUACCACACGCAUGGGCGUACCGGAAGGAAAAAAUUAGGGGGGCGGAAAGAAAAUCGCCCGACUUUUCGUAAAAUUGCCCGACUUUUCGUGAUUGUGCCCGACUAGUACCGAAAAAUUUUUCCCGGAAAAAUUAUCUUGGCGACCUCCCCCCCCCGUCGUCGCCAAAAAAUUUCGGUCAGUGUACCAUUUAAGGGGUCAAAAAAAAAUUUUCCGGACAUACCAUAAUUUUUCGGAACAUCACAUAAAUUUUCAAAAAUACAUUGGCCACAAAAUUUACUAAAUUUUCGAAAAAAUUGACAGAAUUUGUCCCAUUCAGUUUUAUAACAAACCAAAAUUGCCCGACUGUUAAUUAAUCCAAUAUUACCCGACUGCCCAAAAAACUGGGGGGCUACCGUCCCCCCGCCCCCCCGCCUGGUACGCCUAUGACAUGGGCGUACCGGAAGGAAAAAUUUAGGGGGGCGGAAAAAAAAAUGCCCGACUUUUCGUGAUUGUGCCCGACUAGUACCAAAAAAUUUUUUCCGGAAAUAUUAUUUUGGCGACCCCCCCCCGGUCGCCAAAAAAUUUUUGGUCAGUGUACCAUUUUAGGGGUCAAAAAAAUUUUCCGGACAUACCAACAUUUUUCGUAACAUCGCACAAAUUUUCCAAAAAAAAUACAUUUCCCACAAAAUUAACAAAAUUUUCGACAAAAUUGACAGAAUUUGUCCCAUUUAUUUUUAUAACCAACCAAAAUUGCCCGACUGUUGAUUGAAUAUUGCCCGACUGCCCAAAAAACUGGGGGGGCUACCGCCGCCCCCCCCCCGCCCGGUACGCCUAUCAGGAUGAGACAGUUACAGCUCUGAAUCAUCACCACGAGGCGUGCAUAAACUAUAAACAUUAGUUCAUAUUUCAAAUUGAUGUUUAUUUGGAUGAAAGUUGACGUUAUAAUAACUUCAUUGUUGUUAAGGUAAAACCUCCUCUAGUAACUGAAAUUACGAUGUUGUUUACGUUGUACUGUAAAAUGAAAUUAACAAUGUUCAGUCUCUUCAGUAUUUUAAGUUAGUAUACCUUGACGCCAUCUCGCUCAGAAAUACAGUAUAAACAUAGAUAUCUUGAGCAUAAAGCACGUGAACAAAUCUUGUUCGAAUUAUUCCGGGGAAACAUUGUGAAUUUCAUUUUACUGCACAACAUAUAAAAACUACCUCGCAUUCUCAUUUCACUGGUAGAGCAAGUUUUAGCUUACCAACAAUGAAGUUUCUUACCUUCAUCCAAUAAACAUCGCCAACAAUGAACGAAUGUUUAGUUUAUGCACGCCUCACGGACACGGUUAAUUGCAAUUGUCUGUAAGGGUAUUUAUUUUGAAUUUAUUUAAAUAUUUUCCGUGUUUAUACAGUUUUGUUGUUAGACAGUAGAGUAAUUAAUCAUUGUGUUGUGGUCUGAUCUGUUUAUGUUUUCCUUAUUUGAAUUUUUCAUUUGGUUCAGUUGCAUGCACUGGUGUUACCUAAUAUACCCGAUAUUUUAAGGAAAUCAGGAUCCAGUUCACCAGUUUUUCUGCUCUUCCGAUCUGUGUGUUUUACUCAAACUUUUCUACCGAACUGUUUGGUGAACACGGCAAAACUCGUCGACUAAAGAGUAUAAGCUUUAAACUUGUUUUUUUAAAUAUGAUUUGGUUAAAAUUAAUAAAUUAUCUGUCAAAAGUAAAUGGCUUAGUAUUUUUAUUCAACAAGUUAUAUUUUAAUUUAUUCAUUGAAACAAUUAAAAUUUUGUGAAAACCUCUAGGAAAUGUUUCCCCCAAAUAAUGUAAAUUGAGGCUUAUAUUCGAGUGGGGUUGUAUUCCGAGGUUUACGCUAUUUCCGUUAAUCUGAUCGGAGGCCAAAAUGUUCUCCAGGAAGGAAACGUACUUCCAAGUGGAAACGUUGAUAAUCAAACGCGUUUACUCCAGCCUAAACCUAGGCCUUCUAUCUUUAAUUUCAGCGUUAUUUCACAUAAGAAAACUGCGACCAAGGCGAUUUGGGGGCGGGGUGGAGGAAGGGCGAAAGUAAGAAAUAUCUUGCUUUAAUUUCUCAUGUGACGUCAUACUUAGUACCAAAUGCUAGCCCAAAAUUAGCCGAAUUCAUAUUAGAGACGGGAAACUCGUCUCAGACGGGAAUGUUUAUGAGCUUUUUCGGCUGCGUAUUGCAUGAGGAUCACAGCAUCUCAACAUCUCAAACAUAGAUGCAUCUCAGCAUCCAGCAGGCCAAAGCAGAAGGCGGCAGCCUAGGUGAACUGCAGUAAGUAAUUAACGCAGUAAACUUACGUGAACUUCCAAUAAUAGAAAUAUGGUUUAAUAAAUUUGUUCCUCUGAAUAAGGGUCAUUAGAGGUUGCUUAAAUAUACAUAGAAAUUAAUAAAAAAAAUUAAUCUUCGGAAUUGAAACUGGGCAACUCUCGCGUCCUUUUGUUGACGACAAUAUAUAAAAUUUGUAGAGAUAGGAAGUUGGAAAAUUGUAUGUUUUUUAUUAUGGUUCUUGUAAAUACACAAUGUAUGCAAUUUUCUAGGUGGAAUUGUACCAUUUGACCAGUUGCCAAUUCUCGAAGUUGAUGGCAAAAUACUUGCAAAAUCAGGGACCAUUUGCAAGUAUGUUGCCAGGGAAACAGGUUGGUAGAGAUUCUACUGUAGUUUCCGGUGCAUGCAUGGGGUGCUCCGGCUUCCGUAUGUGCUGUACAUAUAGGUAUAUAGUAGAUAUACUAGAGGUGUGCAUCGGAUCGGAUUGGACGUUUAUAAUCCGACAAUUGGCUAAUGUUUAAAAUCCGAUCCAAAAUUGUUUAAUCCAAAUCCGAUCCGAGUUGUGAUAAAGAAUUUCAAUCCGAUCCGAUGAAACCUUUAACAAAAUAAAUUUCUCAUUCAAGUUGAAAUGUUUAACCAAAUAAAAAUAAAAACAAGAAAUACAUGUCAAGAAGCUGACAAAGUGACGUCCAAUUUAAGUAUCAAACGAAAAAUGCAGCGACAACCGCGAUAAUGCUUUGAUAAAUGCAUGGAUAAUUAAUUCUUGCAAUAAUGCGUGGAUAAUUAAUUCAUUUUAUUUCGAAUAUCGAAGUCCGAUCCAAUCCGACUACGAAACAACUUUAUCAAUCCGAUCCGAAAUGUAUAUUUUUGUUACGAAAUCCGAACGAAUCCGAUCGGAUCGGAUUCGGAUUUGCACACCUCUAAUAUAUAUACAGUACAUUGAUAGAUUACAUUGCAACAAAUAUAGCUGAAUUGCGUAAAUUUCACAAUUUUAAAAAACAACAAGUAAUAAUUAUUUAAAAGGUAAAAAUUUGAGAGUCAAGGAAUUUUGCAUGAUGAUAGAAUAAAAGUAUUUAGAAAUCUAUUAGUUUAAUAUAUGGGAGCUCAUAAGUUCGCUGGUAGUUUAAAAUUUAAAUGCACUUUCCCUAAUUAGCUACAACAUUAGGUGCAAAAUUCAAAACAAGUGAAACUCCAAAAAUCGAUAACAUUUUUAUUUAUCUACGGCGUUUCGACUAUAUUUCAGUCAUCAUCAGUUUAUCCUGACGUACGAUGACUGAAAUUAGUCGAAACGUAGAUAAAUAUAAAUGUUAUCGAUUUUUGGAGUUUCACUUGUUCUGUAUUUUGUUAAAAUAGUCAGUGGUUCUAAAAAAGUUUCAAAAUUGUCUACUUUUUUCUGAUACACCCUGUACUGUAUAUUAGGCUGUUGUGUUGUUUUGAAUUUUUUAAAUUACCCGUUUCGACAUGAUAGAGCACAUUUUCAAGAUAUCUAUUCACCUGACUUUUUGAAGUAUUUUAAUACUAAAGUUUUAUAUAUAAAUUCACGUUUGGUUUUAAUUCAGAUAAUACAAUUCGAUAAUUCGUUCCAUAUCCACACAGCUCAAUUUUUGCCGAAUGAAUGCAACUAGUUGCCCACUUGUUCAAGAGGGGUGUCCACCCCACACCUCCUCUAAUGCCGCCCUUGCCUUGAGUCGAUUAGGUUGAACUGCUGAAGCUGCGUCCUUCGUAACUCAGUUCAGCUCUCAGCUGCAAGUGAGGAUGAUUAGAAAACUCUCACUUACUGCACUUACUUAUAAAUCAAACCGUGUAAUGGAAUACAACAUACAUUAUACUACUAUCUGUUUAUUAUUCAACAAGGGUUUGCUCCGACAGAAAGUUUUGAAGUCGCAAAAGCUGACAUGAUCGUGGACGGUAUCGAUGAUCUGAUGGACAAAGCAGAAAAAUUUUAUACUGAAAAAAAUGAAGAGACAAAGGUAAUGUUCCAUGGGGGUAUCGAGGGUGAUAAAUCAAACUGGUUUGUUUUUAAGUAAAGCCCUUAAUUGCACGUUUGUUUAUUUCAGAAAACUUUCGAUUUGUAAAUCGUAAUUUCACUCAAAUUCGAAACAGUGUGUUAUUCCCGAGCCAUGACGGCGUGAAUUAAGCGUCGUUCUGGGCGUAAAGCACAUUUUCUGCUAGGGGAAUUUGUUCGCGCGAUGCGAAAAACAAAUCUUGGCAAUGUGAUUGGUCAGCGAAAAAAUCCGCCGCGAAAAAGUUGGAUCAGUUCCUACUUUUUUACUGUUCGCGGCUUCGCGCGAACAAAUUCGGCUGGUGGAAAAUGGGCAUAAGCCCCGGGCGAGCGUACUAAUCUGUUUACACCCGGGGAGAGGAAAGCAUUAGUGAAGUGUAAACUCUUGUCAUGGGUGCAUGUAUGGCACUAAGCUAUACAGUUAGUAAUAAUAUAACUCAGUGGUGUAUGGGGGACCUCCUUGCUGAACUAAAAAAAAUGGCUGUUUGCCAGGAGUGGGAUAAGCAAUAUUUCAACUUCAAAGAUAUAUACUUCGAAAAUCGUUUCAUACAGUACAAUGAGCUUUCAAGUAAUUUUACCUUCAAGAAGAAUUGAUAUACUAUGAGAAAUAUUCGUGAAAUAUAGGGUACGUUUGCUUUGAAUAUUUAUGUUUAUGAAUUUUCAAUUAUUGCUAAGAAGAAUUGAUAUACUAUGAGAAAUAUUCGUGAAAUAUAGGGUACGUUUGCUUUGAAUAUUUAUGUUUAUGAAUUUUCAAUUAUUGCUUCAAUUUUUUGCGUGCUAAAACAUGCACUGCUUCCUUUCAAUGUACAUUAUGUUAGCCUCAUUGCUAUACAAGUCCUCGUAAAUAUGUAUAGACUACGUUGUGCUCCAAAACGUUAUUAAUACUAGUAUUAUUCUACAAUCCAAUAGUAGUUAUACACUUUUUAAACUUCUCUAUAUCAGACUUCAGACACAAAUUUAUGCCUAUGAUAUAUGAUAUCCUUACUUGUCAGUUGUCAACCUACGUCACAGAUUAAGUUCAACGUACCUACGUCACAGAUUAAGUAAAAAAAGUAAUUGUACAUUACCUUUACAGCCAAAUAGUACAGCUUAACAUAUUCCCCCUCUUGAAAUAAGUGUCGUUCCAUGACACUUGGGAUUUUUCAACAUGCUUUACUCUCAGUCCAGAAACAUGUGUUUCUCGUGAAUCUAUCGCAGUACCACAAAAUUUUUUACAGGACCCUAUUUAUCACAUUUCUACUUCGUAACCAAAAUAAUACGCUAUCUCUGUGCGCUAUGAAUUUCUGCCAGAUAUACUGUAUUAGUUAUUUUAUGCAUAAUUAAGCAAAUGAUCUGGGGUGGUACAUGGUCAUUUUCUUGUAAAAUAUUAUACAUAAAUUUUUCCUUCCAAUAACCACCUCUAAAAGCAACCCGUCUAAACACCAUAUAAGCACUUCAAAAAGGCUGUCACUUUUGCCUUUCGGAAGUUAGAGCUAUGUCGGAACUGCUGUUUCAGGGCGGGGUCAUUUUCAGGACUUUCGUUCCUUAUUCAGGUUUUGGCACAUAUGCCAUGUUGACCGCCAUGGUCAUUUUACCCUAAAACAGUUGAGAUUACGUGUGCUAAAUGAAACGCAAAUACAAACUCCUAUACAGGUCUUUGACUACAACGAGCUUUUACUUAACUGAUACACAAUUAAUCUUGCUUAUUUACAUGUGGCUUUUAAUGAAGAAACGAGCGUUUUCCUCUUAAGACGACUUGCCUUGCUAUCAUAUUUCAUCAAAUCAAUGCAGCAACUGGAGGAAACAUAGAGGUUACGAUAGUUGAAUAUUGUAGUUGUAUAUUAAUUUUCCUUUCGCAUUUCACCACAUUGGCUCUGUGUUGUUUUGCAGUGAAACAAUCGAUAUUUAUAGUUUACAGACCUUUACAUUGUAAAAAAUAUGGCAAUAGAGGAAAUCAAGGUAUUACUGCAACAUUUUUUGUCAGCUAAUCCAAUGUUUGUGAUGAUUUGUGGCCACUGAUUUUGUGGCCUUAAACAGCCGCUGCAAAAUUGUCUUUUGAAGGCUUCGUUCAAGUAAUCAAGUUGUUUAUGUAAUUAUGUUUUUAAAUCAAGCAAGUGGAAGUACGCAUAUCUUCCUCUCCCGCUGAAAACCCGAGCAGUUUUCGCGCCCCACCUGUUGUUAUUCCAUGUUGAAUUGCAAAUAGAUGACGUAUUCUUAAUUAAAUAAUGACGUAAUUUUCUGAGUCGCUGAUUGGCUACAAGCUCACAGUGAACAGCCAACUUAACAAAACGAUAGCAAUAUAUCUGCGCUAGCGCAGAUACAAAAACUCUUGAUUGGAAAGCAGCUUUAUUGUAUCUUUAGUAUCUUGGUAAUUCGCAUGACGAAAACACAACAAAAAGCACGAGCGUGAAGGAGCUUUUACUCAACUGAUACACAAUCUUGCUUAUUUACAUGUGGCUUUUAAUGAAGAAACAAGGGUUUUCCUCUUAAGACGACUUGCCUUGAAAUACUUAGCCUGCGAACAGGCUCUCAAGCUGAAUUCAGAGCCUGCAUCGAUAACUAACGAAUUUGAAUAUCUGCCCCGUAACGUUCGUUUUUCCAAAUAUGGAAUGUCUAUCCUUAUAUGGUGUUGUUUACAACUUUCGUGCAAACUAAAUUUAGACCGUGCAAACUAAAUUUAGACCGUACGAUUUAUACUGUUUUUCGAAAUAUAAGAUAUUCAAGCAAAAGUUUAAAUGUUUUAAAUACUGUUUUCUCAAAACAGAACACUUCGUGCUUUGUGAUAAGAUGGCCAAGACCAAUUUGAUCAGUUAAUGUGUUUUUUAUGCAUAGUUCAGCAGUUGACAUAUAUAGAGCUCAGCGGAAACGUAUAAAUUAUAGCAUCUAACCCUGAUCUGACCAAUGAGAAUUUCGCGUCACGAUUUGAGACGCAGAUAUUCAAAUUCAUUAGUCAUCGAUGCAGGCUCUGAAUUCAGCUUGAGAGCCUGUUCGCAGGCUAUGAAAUACUUAAAUGCAGCAUUUGCGCCCAUAUUGCAUCAAAUCAAUGCAACAACUGGAGGAAACAUAAAGGUUACGGUAGUUAAAUAUUGUAGUUGUAUAUUAUUUUCCUUUCCCACGUCACCACAUAAUUUUGUGUCUAUUUUGUAGCAAAAACUAUUUAAAGAAUUCUACGAGAACCAUGUUCCACAUGCUCUAGGAAUAUUUGAGAAACUUCUGAAGUCUCGUGGUGGAAAAUAUUUUGCAGACAACAAGGUAAAUGAGGUUUUUCAUAUACCAUACUAUGCUCGCUUGGUCCGUUUCAUAAAACUGAUCAAAUAUGGUGUGAUAUAUCAGGGCCUUCGCUCGAAACGUCGAGGUUUUGCUCAUAUUUUCCAGGUUAGUUGUAUGUCCUUCUCACAACAGCUGUUUCUAAUCACAGAGCCCAAAUCGUCUUCCUCGAUUUUACUGAAUGACGUACAACGACGACGAUCGUUAAAUAUUUCCCGUGGAUUUCUGAUUAUAGAUCUAAUCUGAUUACAACUAAUCACAACAGAAUAUGACUACUUAUUUGAAAGACAUACAGCUAUUUCAAUUAAGGUUGUUCCUCAAGCAAAGCGGAAAAGUCGAAUACGCGAGCGCGAAAGGCUGCUGGGAAUCGCUAGCUAAUAAAUUCAUUAAUUUCUUAGCGAUUCCCAGCAGCCUUUCGCGCUCGUAUUCGACCUUUCCGCUUUGCUCGGGGACAACCUUAAUUGAAACAGCUGUAUGCCCGAAUUGAUUAUAGCCAAGCUUGUGUCUGUCCUCCCUCACGUAAUGCCGAUUAUACUAUUAAUCUGCUAUAUACUGUAGCUAUUACGUACCUAGUCCCAGUGAACUCAUUAUUGAGUAAAUAUCAUGCAUGUAGACGGAUCGUCUGUCAAAAGGACUUGACUAUACAGCCUCGUUUUCGGCCUUAUCAUAUCCCUUUAUCUUGUUUGAAGUUGUUUCUGAUGACCUGGAUAACAGUAUAUGAUUUCGUGAAGGCUUCGAUCUGCUACAAGAUAAAGAAUUCUAAACCCAAAAUCUCAAAUCACGAAAACGAGACUCUAUCUAUAGCCACGGCUGAGUACUUUCGGGAAGGGUGUGAAGCACAUCUAUCUGACGGACAAACCGAUCCAAAAACAAGACGAACUAUGAAGUUUUGAAUCAUACGAUAUUAAUUAUAUAUUAAUUAUAUAUUAAUUUCAAUGAUCAACUAAUUAUUAAUUAUAAUACAUGCAAUAGUUUGGUGACCUUGACGGCUCUGAGACUUCAGUUUGUAAAAUACGCUACAAAAAGCUGCAGUGACACACGCGUUUUGGUCACCAAAUUAUCUGACUUUUAAAUAUAGUGUAUUUUUUCAUGAAUACAUUCAAGUACCAGAUUUUUCUUUCGGAACCAUAUAUUACAUGUAUUAGCACAAGUGGAUAUGGGGCUAAAUCCAUUAGGGGGGAGGGGGUGUUAUGGAAAUUUAGAUCCUCCAUAUAUAUCAUUUGACAUUCGUAGCUUGCGUUCACUUUUAACUUCCACGUUAGUCUGCCAAUGCUCAACAACUUUCCUGAAAAUCUGCUUAAUAGUUAACUCACCCGCAACUUUAUACCUGAAAUUACUUAUGAACAAAUAUUAGGGGAGGUGUUACAAAUCCUACCCGCCCCCCGCUCGCUGCGACACUACUAUGAGACAGCGUGAUAAUCCGGACAUUCAUUCAGUGUGAAUCUUGUGAUGGCUGAGACGUAUAUCUGUAAGCACUGCUAGCUAAACAAGCUGGACCUCCGAAAUGUGAAAUAUUUUUUUACUUCUUAACAGCUGACAUAUGCAGAUAUAAUAUUCUUCUCAUAUAUGGAAAUGUUUGAAAGCCUGAACGAAGGUCCUUCGCCAAUAUUGGAUAACUAUCCUGCACUAAAAGAUCUGAUUAACACAGUUUCAAGCAACCCUGGGAUAAAGAAAUGGUUGAGCGAACGGCCUGAUCAACCAAUCUAAGAAUGCAUUUGAUGUAAGAAAAUAUAACAAAAUUUAAAUGAUUAAUUCCAUUCAGUGAGAUGUACGUUCUAGUUGUGACGAAUAAAUAUCAGAAAUUGGAUGAAUGUUCGUGUUAAAUUCAACACAAUUACACAAAAAACAAUUCCACUUCGCAUCGAGCCUUGUUCUAGCUAUUGUCUACUUUGCUUAAAACUUCGGAUUAAAUUGAACAAUUAUUAGCAGCCCUUCUGAAACACUUUAAUGAAAGUAUAGUUCACAAAAUUCAUAUUUUCACUUACCUCUUAACAUCUGUUUUAAUGUAACUAGCUCUGGAGGCACAAGCAAAAUCUAGUGCGGCGUCCAUGGUUACACCAUAUGUCUAUGUAAGAUUUCUCUCAACCUCUCGCUCUUAUACAGCUAAUUCAAUUAGCCUUUCUCACGCCGCCAUUUUUGGGGUACUUUUUUGCCAAUCCUGCGAGCGUAACACCACGUAACGGCGACAUUUUAUAAUUUUGUGGGUGUAUAAUGGUAAAUUUACGCUGUAAAUAGUUAAUUAGUUUUUCCUGAAAUGGCGGCGUGAGAAAGGCUAAUUAAGGUUGUCCUUUCAAAAACGUGAAUCUUAAACUCUGAGCGCGCAAGGGAUGAUAGGUCAUUACUUAUUUAGACUCAUAAACUUUGAAAUUUGGCUUUGCAAGAAUACUUAAGACAUAUAGAAGACUCACGACAGAAAACAUACUUGCUGCAAAGCAAUUUUCUGAGUGAAAAACCAUCAUCCCUUGCACGCUCAGAGUUUAAGGUUUAAGGUUUUGGAAGGACAACCUUAAUGGGUAUGUUGCUGGUUGCCAGUCCGCGCGAGGUUUUUCGCAUUUUUGCAAUGCAUUGUGGUAUCGCUGGGGGGCAAACAAUUAUUAGUUUUACAACGAAAGUAUGGCAAAAGGUGAUCAUUGUGUAGUUUAUAGCUGUUUAUAGCUGUUCGCAGAUACCCGGAAAAACAAAUGAUCAAACCACAUGUUGGUAUUCUUAGAUUUUACUCACCAAAAACUCAGAAAGAUAUCGUAAAAUGGAGAAAAUUGCUCAAUCGUAAGCACUUCAAAGUCACGUCAAAUACGAAGGUUUGUUCGAACCACUUUCAAGCAGGUUACCGAUCCGAGGAAUGCCCCAAUCCCACGCUUUAUCUAAAAGGUUAUUGUCCUGAUAAACAGAAGAAAACCCGUCCAUCCCCGAAAAAAAGGGAAAGUUUGGCUCCUAAACCUAAAAGACAACGUCGAAGUAGCAUUUGUUUGUCAGAUUCCUAUUGAGACUAUUCAGAACUUGAUGUAUCGCAUGAUAAAUCACAGUCAGUAUCAACCCUAUCUGAGGAAAAUUAUUGCAGUCAUAUCCAUAAUAACAUAAAGAAAGAACCAGAAGACGAUUUUGGCGAGUCGAGCAGUAGUUUUUCAUCACAGUUUUUUAAUGGUUCAGAUGAAAUAUCAAAUGAUUAUGACACAUCAGAUGAAAUAGAUGUAUCUGUAGAGAAUGAAAAGAAAUCUCGAAGAGACCUGUUUGUCAAGCAGGCUACAUCUAAUAGGAACUGUUUUAGAUACACAGGGGUCACUAGAGAAAAACUGGACUUAGUGUUUGAUUUGAUAAAAGGAAAGGCAAAGUCUUUACGCUAUUGGAAAGGAUCUGUUGAUACACCAGGUUCAAGAAGGGAAAAGAGAGGGGCCCAAACCAGACUCUUGUCAUGCUGGGAGGAGUUUGUUCUUACGUUAGUAAGAACACGAAAGGGUUUUGAUGUUCACUUUCUUGCUGACACGUUUGGAAUCAGUGUGAGCCAGGUGUCUCGUAUUUAUAAUACCUGGAUUAUCUUCCUAUCAGAAGAGUUAUCAUUCCUUGUUCCCUGGCCAAGUCGAGGUGAGAUAAAAAGAGUAUUACCAAAACAGUUCCAAAGAAUUCCUAACAUUCGGGUGAUCAUUGAUUGUUGUGAAUUUUACAUUCAAAAGCCAUUGAUUCCUGAAAGUCAAAAAACUACAUGGAGCAGCUACAAGCACUACAACACAGUUAAGUUACUUGUAGGCAUAACACCUACUGGGGUCAUUUCCUUUCUUCCCCCACUUUGGACUGGGAGUACUUCUGACAAAGAAAUUGUCAGAAAUUCAGGACUGAUUAAUUUUUUAGAAGAGGGUGAUGCUGUAAUGACCGACAAAGGCUUUCUGAUCCGGGAUUUGCUAGCAUUUAAGAAAAUUCAACUUAUUUCUCCAGCCUAUUGCAGAGGACCUCGGCUUUCCUCCAAUGCUGUAACCCACACCCGUCGUGUUGCUGCCCUGAGGUCACAUGUUGAACGUUCUAUUUUAAGGCUGAAACAUUUCCGAAUUUUGUCUGGAGUAAUCCCAUUACUGCUAAAGAUGAUGUUGGAUCGUAUUAUCCUGGUUUAUGCAGCAUUAUCCAACCUUCAAAAGCAGCUAAUCAAGUGAACUACAGAAUUAUAACAGUGACAAUGUUGAAUUCACUUGAAGUAAUUUAUGGGAUAUUUCAUAUAAUUUGAAUAAUAUUUAAAGCAAAACUGGCUGUGUUUAUACAAUAUUUCACUCUAUUUUAUGCCAGAGACUUUAAAUAUUAAUCAAGUAAUAUUAAUUAUUACCAUAUAACGACUCUUUGAAGUCUUUGAUAGUUUGUUUGUCACAAACAGAUCAGCUUAGUGCUAUUAUACUAUUGCUAUUUCUUAUUUAUAACCACACACAUUUUAGGAAAAUGAAAAAAUAUUUAUAUUACCAAUCAUAUAUAACCUUCAAUUUACAUGCUAUUUGAUAAAUCUAGAUCAUUGCUCUCUUGAAUUUGCAAUAAAAGAGCUGAAAUUAUUUUUUUAGUGUAAAACAAUUUAACAGUACUGAUUGUACUUUUCCAAAAUUCCUCAUCAAAUUCUACUUUUGCUAUAUAGAUUCCCAUGUUGGUAAAACAACAAAGUCACACUGCUUCAGGCCACACACAGCCAUUCCAGUCUGCACUUGGAAGUAGUGAAUGUGGUUCUUGCGAAUAUAUGGAAAACCGGCUUCAUUAAUUGCCCCACCAACAGUAUCCAACAAAAAUGCAGAUUUAGGAUCCAUGUCUCUACCUGUGUAAGGACACUUAAAUUCAACAAGUGUAUCUUCACAAAAAUGGCACUCUCUUAUUCCAUCUGGACUUGCCCCUACCCAUCUAUGAUCAAGGCUUAGAACCAAGCCAGUUCACUGAAUCCAAACUUAAUGUGUUGUUUUUUCAUAAUCCUACAAUAGGAUGUUUUUGCUUCAUCCUCCAUCUCUGUGCCAUACUUAAUUUGCCAGUAACCAACAAGUGCCGAAAUUCAUGCCAGCAUUGAGUGGUGUGUUGGCCAGUUGUAAUAUUGUUGAUAACAUCUCUUUCAGAUGCUGUAGUGGACAGUUGGUCAACAAAUUCUAAAGAUUGUUGCAUGAUAUUUUCAUUACUAAGAAAGUUAUUUUUCACAAAUAAUGAGGCCCUUGAUAAGAUUGUUAAAUGUGAGAAAUCUUCUAUCUGUUCUGAGCAUGCAUGUUGUUCCUCUUUUGAAUCUUCAGGCUCAUCAUCUGGAUAUAGAAAGUCAAGUAUACCAGAAUGUUCAUCAAUGUCCUGUAGUUUUUUUGCAAAUGACAUUUUGUCUUCAGGUGAAAUAUCCUUUCUUUGCUUUGUGGGUCUUGGAUCAAAAGAGUCAAUCCAAGAAUCAUCAUAAUUUGUUAUCUUUCAUUUGCUGUUCAGACCUUCAGAAUGGAAAAGUUUCAUUUCCAAAUAAGGAAUCGGUUUUGUUUCAGGUUUUGGUUUAGGAUUCCAAUAUGCUGGGAGAGAUGUCACAGAACAUCUUUCACUUGACAGAAAUUCAUCUAGCUCAAACAAUACAGCUCCAAGAUGCCUGCAGCCUUGGUCUGCUCCACCUUUGCAUCGACAGAAUGCUGAAUAAACUGAUCCAUCAGGUUGUAAAAUAAACCAUAGUUUGUAUGCUUUAUCACCUUCUUGUGUCAAUUCCUUUUGAGUAGGGAUUACAUGAGCUACAAUUACAUGGAACUUUCUAUCAUCAUUAUCAAAAAUAAUUUGGUUUUGAAGGAAUCUUACAUGUCCUGCUUGGCAAAGAAUAUACUCAUCAAAACUUCUCCACGAAGAAAGCUUUUCCUUGUCAUAAUUUGCCUUACUCAUUAUCAAAUGAUUGAAAAUAUCCAUUAAUCCAAAAUUAGGAAGUGAUGAAAAGUCAGAUGACAUAUUCUUCAUGCAAAAAGGAUCAGGAACCUUCUUACCAGCAGGCAGAGUAAGCCGUUCAUUUAAACAACAUUCUAUUGAAUCCUUUUCAAAAUCAGGGUCAGUCAUUGCACCCAUUUCAUGUAGAGACUUUGCUAACAUAAUCAGAUCGUUUUUCUUGUAUUUAGAAACUGGAACACCCCUUUCUCGUAUAUAUGUUUUUAACUCUUCUACCUUCAUGCUUUCAAAAAAAUGUUCUGUAUUCUCAGUAUUGUUUUCAUUAAUGUCAAGAGAUGACUGAUGAUCUUCAAGUUUCAUUUGGUUGCUGCUCUUAGCAUUUGAUUUUAAUUGUUCAGAGAGAGUUGGAUUGUUGAAACUUUUUUUAUUGACAUCACAAUUAAUCAAAUUUAGUGGUUUCAUUGUUUUUUUUUCUCACUGUUAAUGCUUUUAGGUUUUAACAGUUUUUGGAGGGUGGGUUUCUUCACUUUUUUGUCAUCAGUGCCACUAUAUGAAGGUUUUGGUGGUUUUGAAAGUCUCGGUUUCUUUGAUUUUCUCUUCUUGUCAAGAUAUAUUGAUUUUGGUGGUUUUGGCUUGGUUGAUGUUUUCAAUUUUAUCUCAUUGGCAUAAAACGUUUUGGACUGUUGUGGUAGUUUGGGGAUUGUGGGUUUCCCCGACUUCUUAUCCAUAUUCAUGGUAUUAGAUUUUUUCACAGUUGAUUGCACUGAUGAAGUUUUAUCUUCCACUGGAUUUGAGACUAAAACUGUUGGUUUAUUCACAUGGGACGAUAUCAACUCAUCCAUAUAAGCAAAAGGGUCAACCAAAUCAAUGAAUACACUUUCCUUUCUAUUUUCUGGCGUGGGAGCAGAACAACAGUCUCCAUCAGUUUCCAACAGAUUGAAGUGACUCGACUGAGGGAAAAACUCAUGCAACACCAAUGUAAUAGGACAAUCACAGGAACGCUUGACGGUCAUCCGAGGCGUAAUCUAGAGAUAAGGAUCAAAUUUUACCUUUACCCAUUUUUCUUUUGCCAUUGAAUACACAACAAUAGUGUCUUGAAGUACAGUGGCGCAACUAAAAAUGUCGGCCGUUUCGGCCCAUGUACCAUCCUUACGACUAUGUUUAAGAUGUUCCUCUACUGUUGUAUGAGUAAAAAGCAAAGGAAGAAAAACUUGGGGGAAGUCUUCUAUCACGGCGUUGCAAAGCGAUCUCACCUUCGAAUAAUUUCAAUCCGUUUUGCCGUUUAACGCUCGUGCUACCGCUCUGUAGAAGCAGUUGCCAUCACCUUGAACUCUAGCUUCUCUUCUACCAAUAGGAAUUAGAGCCAUAUCAUAAAUAUUUAAACACUUUUUUAAAAAACAAAGAAAUAUGUAUAUAUUUGUAGUUGCUUAAUUUAAUCAUAAUUUUAUGAAAACAGAACCAAAACAGAGUCAGAG